AUGACAAAUACUCUUCGGGAUACUGAUGGUUGGUGGGGAUCAUUUAAUGAAGACAUUGGUAAUUAUAUAAAUAAGUGUUGGUGUGGUUAUCAAGCGAAUUGUUCGCAUCAGAUGGAUUUUUUUGAUCUCUAUGCGUUUGAUACUCAUGGGUUUGUUGCUGAAUAUGUACAACCAAAUGCUCGUUGUACGGAUCUUCUCGCAGCUUGUUUUGUUAUUGAAGGUCUUCUUCAAUCAAUCAUUUUGUAUGGUGAACUAACUGCUGCCUGGCGUCUCAUAAUACCUGUUACGGUUAAAAAGAUUCGAGAUUAUUGUCGACGUCGUCGUCAAAAUAGAAGUGAACAACCAAAUUCAUCAAAUGAACUCACGAAUAAUGUUAAUAAUGGUUAG